GUAGAGGCGAGGCGCGGCGUCUGCGCAAACCGAGUGGAGCAGCAGAGAGAUGCAGGUGCGGGUCUGCCUGGUGCUGUUGUGCGCGGUGGCCGGGCACGCGGCCCGCCUUCUGGCCGUGCUGCCGACCAACACGAGAAGCCACUAUGCCAUGUACGGCAGGCUUGUCGAAGCACUAGCCAGGAAACAACACCAACUCACCGUCAUUUCGCAUUUUCCAAUGAAAAACCCACCACCAAACGUAGAAGUUAUAAGUCUGGCAGGGACCAUACCAGAGAUAACAAACAACCUGACAAAACAACACCAUUCGUUAAAGCCAGACUUCAUGAUAAACUUGGAGAACAUAAUGACAGAAUGUGUCCACGCGUGUGAUACUGUGUCUAAAUUGCCUGCGAUCAAAUCGCUACUUAAUUCCUCAGUCAAUUAUGACUUAGUGAUAGUUGAAGUUUUUGGAAGCGAGUGUUUCCUUCCGUUCGGGCAAAGAUUCCAAGCACCGGUAGUGGGAUUUCUCUCAAGCGUUCCUCUGCCUUGGUUGAACGAGCAACUAGGCAAUCCAGAAGCAACGGCCUACGUUCCCGCUUACAUGACGCCUUUUGGUCAAAGGAUGAACUUAUUGGAAAGAUUCUUAAACACAAUGUCUGUAAUAUGGGCAAAGAUUCUAUACAAAUAUAAGUCACAGAUACCAUCUCAGACAAUAGCUGAUAAACUAUUUGGUCCUGGUCCUAAAUUGGAAAGUCUAGCGCAGAACUACAGCCUGGUUCUGUCUAACAGCCACUUCAGUAUCAACGAAGUGCGUCCUUUGGUACCGGGUUUGGUGGAAGUUGGAGGCCUACAUUUAGAUGACUCCCAAAAUUUACCUGAGGAACUCAAAUCAGUCCUAGACGCGGCGACAGAAGGCGUGAUCUACUGGAGUUUCGGCUCCAUGUCGCGCAUCGAGACUAUUCCUAGCAGAAAGCUAGCCCAGAUUUUUGAAGCCCUCUCCCGCGUCAGUCAGACCAUCCUCGUCAAGAUGGACAGGCGCAUGUUGGCCAGAAACCUCACAGUGCCGGAUAACGUCUAUACCAUGGAUUGGAUCCCGCAGUAUGCUACGUUAUGUCAUCAAAACGUCAAGCUGUUUAUAUCCCACGGGGGCUUACUCGGGACCCAGGAAGCCGUAGCGUGCGGGGUGCCCAUGUUGACUGUACCUCUAUAUGCAGACCAAGCGCUCAACGCCCGCGCCAUGAGCGACCGCGGCGUCGCCAGGACUGUCACGCUCAAAGAAACCUCUAUCCAUUCUUGGGCGGAAGCUUUGAACGACUUGCUUACAAACCAUAAGUACAAAGAGAAUGCCCUAAAACUGCGUGACAUAUUCCUGGACCGGCCGCUUCCGCCUCUCGAGACGGGAGUGUACUGGAUAGAGUACGUCCUCCGACACAAGGGCGCACGGCACCUCCGCUCCCCCGCCCUCGACCUCACCUUCCCCCAAUACAUACUCCUAGAUGUAGCCGCCCUUAGCUUAGUAAUAACUGCCAUGACCAUAUACAUUCUACACAAAUUAUUCCGCUAUCUAUGCACUAGGUGCAUUCGGUGGUUGCCUUCGCAACUCGUCUUCGAGAAACAACUCUUCAGGAGGAAUGUAAGCCUGUUCCUCUGCCUCCUUUGGAAGUACAAGGUGAAAGCUAAUUGACCAGUGCUCAAUGAUAGCGAGAUUGUAUUAUAAAAUAAAAUAAUGUAGGUGUAAAUAAUUAUGUGUAAGAUAUUUAUGAAAUAAAAUAUUGUUGUAAUGUU